GGAAUGUUGAUCCACCCUGUUUGCCAUCUCUACAGAUGAUGCAAAGAAAUAAAGUCGAGGAUGCCGAUGAGACUUUGUAGAAGCUACUAUUACGAAGCUGAAGUGCAACAACUACUAAGAAGAUGACCACCGGUGGCGAGCCAUUCGUCGUCUUGCAAUGUGCUUCUGAAGUGUCCUCAGCUCUGGAUUGUUCGUUUGUGAACGAUAUGGCAGGUCAACCUCAAGUAUAAUAAUGGCGUCCACCUUGUCGGGAUUGAGUUUGAGAAGGCAAGAUGACAGAUCCGGAGCACAUUUCGCCAAAUGUGCUAAAAAACUAUGAGGUUCUUAGCAAGCUGAGUCGCGGGAACUAUGGACUGGUGUGGCGAGCGAAAGCCCACGCUACUGGUGACAAAAAGUACGCGAUUAAAAGGGUCAUUAACGCCUUUAAGAACGCAACUGACGCUCAGAGAACGUAUCGCGAAAUCACUUUGCUGUUGGAGCUGAACGGGCAUGCAAACAUCGUCGAAAUCUUUGACGUCGUCAAGGUAAAAACGGAGGAGCUCAGCUAGAACCUAAAAACAAAGGCGGAUUGCAAGCUGCAAAUAGUCCACUUAAGCGUUGUAGUUACCUAGUGACAGUUACGAGCACCGACUCGUUUCCGUUGUACCUAUUCUUGUUGAUCUCUUAGUCAUGAUAAUAUCAUUGCCAAUUCAUAUCAUUUUGUGUCUAUCUUCGCUAUCAGGAUUACUACGAUUUGGACAUUUACAUUGUCCUGGAAUACAUGCCUGCCACGUUGGGGAAUAUUCUGAAGAACGUGCGCUUAUCCGAGGUUCAGCUCUCGUUUUGCGUGUAUCAGCUGUUGCGGGCGUUGCUCUAUAUCCACACUGGAGGCAUACUUCAUCGAGACAUCAAACCGCAGAAUAUUCUUUUGAGCUCAGACUGCCGCUUAAAGCUGUGUGACUUCGGCCUGGCGCGGACACUCUACGAGUCACCUGAAGACGAAGUCAUCAAGCGACGACAAGAACAAGCAAAACAGCUGAAGGCUGUGUUGGCGCGGACUAGUGAAGAUGAUGAAGAAAACCAAAAUGACCGAUUGCAACCGCAAUACCAGGUGGAAGAAGAGGGGUUUCUCUCGAACUAUAUUGCUAUGACAUCAACAGCAAGAUGAAGUACCUUCUUCAAGAAAAGGAAAUCGACAAAAUGGCAGUAAAAAUUAUAUAUGAUCCAGGGCGCGGGGCGACGGUACGUAGGGGGGGUACCGUGCAGCCCCGGACCCCUUUUUACGGCGUCUGCCGGGGGUGAAAGGCCUCAAAAGGGGGCCAACUGACCUCCCUCCUCCGCUCCCUUCCAGCUGCCUGGCUGUUGCCUACAGCCCUCCGAUGUAGGUGGGAGGCUUCAAAAGGUCCAAGGGACCGCCUGCGCCCGCGUUCAGGUGCCUGCCUGUGCCCUAAGCGCCUCCGAUAGGCUUCGCCGGCGCAGCAGUCCGCCGGCUGUGGAAGGCCUCCGAAGGCGGCAAAAGGCGGAGGGUACAGGCUGCACGGCUCAGGGGGUCCAGCCCCUCGCCUUUUGCCGCCUUCGGAGGCCUUUUGCACCCGGCGCACUGCUGCGGCGGCGAAGCAUAUGGGAGGCAUGGAUGUAGGGCACAGGCAGGCAGCUGGAAGGGGGCGGAGGCGAUCCCUUGGGCCCCUUUUGGAGCCUUCCACCUACACCGGAGGGCUGUAGGGUACAGCCAGGCAGCUGGAAGGGGGCGGAGAGGGUCCCUUGGGCCCCUUUUGAGGCCUUCCACUCCCGGCAGAUGCCUUCAAAAGGGGCCCGGGCUUCCGGUACCCUGCCCCUGCGCUAGGGGGGUGGGUUCCGUAGCCCCGCGCUCUGGGUCAUAUAUAGCUGUCCAACUCCAACCUCAUUACCUACUUUUCUUUGUCUUGAUUUCGAAUAUUCUAAGAUCACGUCACGUUGGUACCGUGCGCCGGAAGUACUCCUUGGCUCGACAACAUACGACUUUAGUUUCGACAUGUGGGCGGCCGCCUGUGUUUUUGUGGAAAUGUACAUCGGGAGACCAGUUUUCAAAGGUAUAAGGUCUACAGAAUCAUCAUUGGAACAAGUAUGACAGGACAGCGAUAUCGAUAUCCCCAGCGCUUGUUGAUUAGUCAAAAUAUCGAUAAAAGGUACUUGCAUUUGAUUGAUUUUCUUCUUUUCUAGGUAGGGCUCCACUGGGACUAUCGUUACUUCUACACGCACAACUACUUGCUGAGCGUAAGGGAACGCACGUGGAUUGUUCAGAGAGCCGAACGUUUUGAGUGGGUUUCCACAUUUAACAGCACUGCUUCCAGAGUCUUCUUGUGGUGGCGCGCUUUGUUGAACCGGGCGACCGCUUUUCGUGUGGAUCCGCAAAAAGAUGGGCUGCCUCCCUAUUUGUUGGUCAUUGUGUCGUGGCGUGUCUUGUUGGACAGGGCGACCGCUUUUCGUGUGGCUCCGCACGAUAAUGGGUUGCCUCAACGGUCUUUGUGUGGUGGUGUCCCUUGUUGGACAGGGCGACCGCUUUUCGUGUGGUUCCGCACGAAAAUGGACCGCCUCGCUCCAUGUUGGUCUUGGUGUGAUGGUGUGUCUUGUUGGACAAGGCGACCGCUUUUCGUGUGGUUCCGCACGAAAACGGGCUGCCUCCUUGUUAGUCUUCGUAUGGGAAAGAGGUAUACAAUAUUUAUAGUACUUCGUUCCUUCUACGCUCUGAUAAUCAGCGUUUUGGGCGCGGCAAGGGUUGUGAUUUUGGUGUUGCGCAACAAGCAAGAUCUUCAACAAAAGAAAAUUCGGCACUGAAGAAGAUGUCUACUUGCAUCAAAAUCCUCUACCAAGACUAAGCACAUCAACUUCUACAAAGCAAUUUCUUCCAGGAACGUGUAUGUUCACGCAGCUGCAAUCAAUUUACCUGCACCUCGGAAAACCGGAUAAGUUCGACAUCCUAACGAUGGAUGCGCCAUAUGCAGAGCAAAUGUUCGAAGCGACCUUAGUGAAUAAGAAGGAAGCGCUGUCGGACAUCAUCCUUAUGAGUAUUUUUAUCGUAUCCUUGUAUCAGAGUAGUUUUUAGCACGCAUGGCGCAUGGAGUAGCAUGGAGCGCAGACCCGCAAGGCACGCAAGAAGCGCCCCCUUUAGCUCCAUACAACUCCAUGCGAUUGCGAUCCAUGCACUCCGUGCCGUGCGACCUGGCAAACCUUACAAAUUGUUCUGUUGUAUGAAUUUCUUUCACAGAUGCAUUAGUCAGGGACUACGACACUGCCAACUUCUUUACACACAUUUUCAAAGCUCUUCGAGUGUCACUCAAUUUUUUGAUGUUGCUGCUCUAAUUCCCUGGAGCAGUCCUGUGCCGAAAAUUCGCAAGAUCUGCUGGAUUUCAUCGAGCUUCUCCUGCUUUGGUCGCCUCCGAAGCGCAUGACCGCCGAGGAAUCUAUCCGGCACCCAUUUGUAUCCGCGUUUCAUAACCCUGAUGACGAGCCCCGAUUUCGUGAGGCAUUAGAGUUACCUCUCGCUGAUGAUGUCCUUUUCACGGUAAACGACUACCGCGAUAAGAUUUAUGCAGACGUGCUGCAGAUACCGCGCGCUGUUACUCGCUGCCAGGGAAAGGAGGCUGACCUCAGAAGCGCCGCCAAUGCAGAAGAGGAUAGCACGGAAGAAGAGGAUGCGGACUGAAAACUUGGAGUUUAUUCGCUUCAGGUGCAGGGGCCUGGCGUUCUUCUGAGUUCCCCCCUCCCUCGUGCAAAAAAUUGAUACGUACGUAUUUGCUAGUGCUACGCUGAGACCACGAGUAUACCAGAAUACAGCUAGAUCAAGUACACUUACACAGAUUGCUCAACGUUGAAACUACCAACUACUUCUCUUUCUCACAAAUCCGAUAAUGAUUGCUGACGACAGCUUUUGGACUUCAAACGAAGGCGACAAGGACCUAUUUAAUUUUCUUUUCCGAUUCCGAUGAUUCAUUUUUCUUGGUGCAGCGCUUCACUGAUAUUGAAGACAAGCUGCUCUUUGUUUUGUGUGCACUAGCUUGCUUUCGCGACGUACUUGUUAGUUUACUGGAGAGUAAUAAAAUACUGAACAUCUUCGAGAUCAACAACAACAUCAUACAGUUACAGGUAUGAAAGGAAGCUGUGCGUCUUCAGCAGGAGUUUGCAAAGUAAACGGGAUGCGUGUUGUAAGAGUGCUCCGUUUCUGAAUAGACGAAGUAACCUUGUAAACUAAAAGUGACAUAAAAAAAAAAUGAACUAGCUAUAUUCCGCUGCAUUGGAAAGCACCAC